UUGUAGACGCGGAUCGUGCAAAUGGCGUCACUGCCAGUAUGAGCGAGCGUAUGCUGUGUAAUAACGCGUACGGGCCUCGUCCGGGCGCGGCGCCGCGCGGCCCAGCCUGACGGCGAGCGUGAGUGCGACGAUAUUAGUCAAGAUCGAGGAAAAUAAGAAUCCAAGAGGAUCGUUAAAAUCGUUGUCGAAGUUGCAACGGUGUGUACGUAUCGACAACGAGUGGUGACACGCAGUGAGAAAGAGAGAGUGUUCGCUGUAGAGGGAUGCAGGCCGAACUGAUGUACCGAAAACCGUUGACGAUGACGACGUCCGGCCAGAGUUUUCAUCGUCCUGGGAUAGGGAAGAAGGAGCACGGCGGCAGGGACUCGAGGGAGACGAUACACUCUGGACACUUCAUGGUCUCCGAUUUCGAGGCGGAGGCGCAGGACGACGAGGACGAGCUAGCCGUGCCGGUACCCGACGAGGAGGCGGCGGUCAAGCUGGCGAUCAUCGCGCCCGGCGGUUUCCUGCACGAGAAAUUUAUCAACAGCUUCUCCGGCGAAAAGUGUUCCCCGCCGCUCAGUAUCGAGACGUCCUUGAACAAGCUGUUCCAGUGCAUGUCACUCGCCUACAGACAGAAACUGACAUCGCCCAAGUGGAAUCGGUUCAAAGGAAUCAGGCUGAGAUGGAAGGACAAGAUCCGGCUGAACAACGUGAUCUGGAGGUGCUGGCACAUGCAGUUUAUACUGAAGCAGAACACGUUGGUGUGCCAGUUCGCAUCCCCGUUGGAUGUUGACACUCAUAAUAAACCCGAGGCGGUGGUCUUAGAGGGCAAAUACUGGAAGCGAAAACUUGCUGCAGUUACUGCGGAAUACAAGAAAUGGCGUAUGUUCUACCGGAACAAGAUCCUUGGCUGGACGAACAAGGAUGGCACCGAGAUGAUGGAAUCGAUGGACGUGUUAGAUUGGGGCAGCGGAUUAGGAACCUCUGGGAACUACGGAGGAGGUACUGGCAACACACACGGAGGAAUCAGUGGGACUCCAGGUGGAGAGAGUAUGAUGGUUGAUGAGGAUUACAUGGAGCUUAUGACUGAUACGUUAUUUUCAACAAUCAGUUCGAAUCAACCAAUAUACUUUCCCGAUCCGAGAGAAAUUGCGCGUGGGGCCAGUCUGGCGGAUUUCAUACAGCCCAGCCUGGGUCCGCUCCAACCGAAUUUGGACGAUUUUAUGGACACCCUUGAACCGUUGCAAGAAUUUUUGAAUUCGAAGCUACCUCCUGUCCCCGAGGAGGACGACAUGUUUCGUAGUAGCGCGCUGAACUCGAACUAUCCCGAUCUGGACUUAAUGACGCCCAUGAAUCAGAUGAACGAGAUGGGCCAAGGAUCGUCGGUGAAAAACGAGCAAGCCACGCAGUCGGCGUUGUCGCAGAACGACCAGGGAAACACGAUACAAAAUCUUCAGUAUACCGCCAAGAUAUAUACUCAACCUGAACCAACGAAUGCCUUCAGGAAUAAUAUUGGUCUGAACGAGAAUUACAACGCUAUGCAACAGAGCUACGAACCUUCCCCAGCGAGUCAACCGGUGAGAGAGAAGAGUCGAGCAAGACGGGUCUCGUCGAGGAGCAAUCGAAUAAUUCAACAGCCCCAACAACAACAACAACAACAACAACAACAACAGAACACAUAUCAACGAUCAACGCAGCAACAGAGUUCAGGGUUCCAACAAAGUUCCCAACCUCCAUUCGCCAUGGAGAUUCAAACCGUUCAGUUGACGGCGGUUCAGAAUCAAGUGCAAAUAUCGCCGAUGAACGAUCAGUCUGUUCAUGCUGCUAAUCAAAUAUCAUCCAUCAGUGGACACGUUCAGAAUUUGGCGGCGGUGCAACAGAAUUUCGUAGGAACCAACUGCUCGGUACCCACUCAGCAUCGAACAAUUCGACCUCUGCCGCCGGUCGCUCCGAUCUCCGCCAAACCGUACAAAACCGUGCAACCGCAACAAUGCUACAAGUUCUCCGGUCUGCCGCAAAACUUUAAUGCGCAGCAAUGUAAAUUCAACACCAACAAUUUCAAGACACACCCACCGCAGCAAGUCGUGUCGGUCACCGCGGAGCAAUCGUCGCAAUCGCCGAUACUGUUGCAGUGCAGACCCUCGGGACUGGAUCUCACCACGCCGAACGUGCAACCCGCGAAACUGCUUCCGCAAUCACCCGCGAUCAAUACAGAGAAGGAAGAGGUUUUCGCUGUACCGAAGUAUCAGAUGAAAGCGAGGAAUAGAUCUCGAAGCAGUUCAUCGCUAACUGCGCCGAGAAUGCACCCGCCGCCGUUAGUGUCUGCAGCGAGCGAUCCCGCUCUAAAUCUAAAUAACAAUGUAUUGCUCGCGCAGUUACUCACGAAUAACACAUCUGGUAUAUACACAAUGAAUAGUCCGGCUGAUAAUAUAAUGCCGACAGUGAACCAAACAGCCACCACUAUGAAACACAUCUUACCCAUGCUUCCACCUUCAGCUUCGCCCGCGCAGGUGACGACCACACAUCAGAUCACCACACCGAUUACUGUCCAAACGAUGCAAACCACUACGGUGCAGGUCCAACCACAGCAGCAGCCACAAAAUAGCCCCGGGUCACCGAAGGACAGUUCGAACGCGCACAGCCCUCAGGCGUUGAGCCUCAGCCCUUUGCACAGUCCAAUGAGUAUAGGGAGCCCGUUGUCGCCUUCCCGAGGAUACAUAAAAGGCGAAUCGGAACGGGGACAGUACAAGGAGCAAAGAAGAGUCGGGCAUAUCCACGCCGAGCAAAAGCGUAGAUAUAAUAUUAAGAAUGGAUUCGACAUGCUGCACAGUUUGAUACCGCAGCUCAGCCAAAACCCGAAUCCGAAGCUGAGCAAGGCCGCCAUGCUGCAAAAGGGGGCGGAUUAUAUAAGACAGUUGAGGGCGGAAAGGAAUCAAUUGAAGGAGGAAAUGAAUAGCUUGAGCCAUCAAAUUGAGUGCCUUAGUGCAUCGAUUAGUAACUAUCAGGCUAUGCUUCCUGCAACGGGUGCUCCGAUUUCUAGACACAGAACUAGUAAAAUGAAAGAGAUGUUCGACGAAUACGUGCGCACGCGUACGAGGGAAAAUUGGAAAUUUUGGAUUUUCAGUAUAUUGCUUGAGCCAUUGAUGAUUUCCUUCAAUACUUCAGUAUCAACCGCCAGUAUAGAAGAUUUAUACAGAAGUACAAUGUUAUGGGUCGAGCAGCAUUGCUCGCUCGUCGAUCUCAGACCAGCUGUUCUGAAGUCCCUGAAGUAUCUGUGCACUGCCACUGAUAUUCUGUCAGACCCUGGUCGCUUGCCUGAAGAAGCACUCGCAGCAGUAAAUUGCACAGAACCACGACGAUCUACUCAGUGACCAAUACGCGAAUCCAUCGUGGAAUGUAUUUGCCUACACCUUUAAGAUUUACCCUCGUAACGAGAAGGAGAAAGUUACCGUAGUUUAAUCCAGUUUUGGGAGUCUCACUUACGUGAAAAAGAAUUUCUUAAAACGGUCGAUUCCUUUUUUUUUUCUUUUUUACAGUAGAUACUCUGGUUUCCUUUCGCCAGCAAAACGGCGGUUGAACAAUGGGGAAACUACUUAAAAAGUGCAAUUUCGCCCUCUGUGUCCUUGUCAAAAUUGUGAUCACCGAGAUUUGCAACACCAAAUCAUAGAAAAGUGCGUGGAAAAUAUAAAUGGCGAAUGAAUUUAAUCGUGAACUAUGUUUAACGAACUAUUUCUAUAUAUAAAUAUAU